GCAAACUUGCACCUCAGUCCAAGACGUUAACAUGCCGCGCGAGAAUCAGAAGCGAGGCCGUCGGGCCACCGACAAGGCCAACAAGGAGGCUUCCAAGCGGAAGCGCGACGAAGUGCCCGAAGACAACCUGCCUAAGCGCAUCAAGCCCUCGACCGACGAGCCGAACGAUUUCACCCAGGGCGCAGACUAUAUCGCUUUGGACGCGGAGCCGGAAUUUGACCAGGCCGACCAGGGGUAUGAGCAGGAGAAUGAGAAUGGCGGUGCGGGCGACACGGUGUUCUUCGGUCUGCUGGACCCCGAGGAGCAGGAAUACUUUUCCCGGGCGAGCGAGGUGCUGGAGCUGAACCAGUUCGGCGACGAGGAGGAACGGCGGGUGUUCAUCGACAGUGUCUACACGGAGGCCAACGGCAAGGAAUUGAAGAUCGCGUGUAGUCAGUCGUGCUCGCGGCUGAUGGAGAAGCUCAUAUCGUUGUCCGACAUGCGUCAGAUCCGCCGCCUGUUUAACAAGUUCAUCGGCCAUUUCUUGCACCUUGUCCAGCACCGAUUCGCCAGUCACUGUUGCGAGACCCUGUUCAUCAACGCGGCACCCGGUGUCACACAGAAACCAUCAAAGGCUAAGGCGGAGAAGAUGGUGGUUGACGGAGAGGAAGACGAGCAGGAACCCGAGCUGUCGCUGGCCGAGAUGUUCAUGACCGUUGUGGAGGAACUGCAAGGAAACUGGGGAUACCUCCUUACCGAACGAUUCGCGUCACACACCAUCCGAGUCCUCCUUCUUGUCCUGGCGGGAGAGCCGGUAGACUUGUCCCUGAGCGACUCCGUUGUUGCUAGUCGGAAGAAGGAGAGACUGGGUCUCGCCAACGCAGACACGCCGAAGGAGAACCCCGUGGCUCAGAGGAGGGGCGUCCCCGAAACUUUCGAGUCGACACUGAAAAAGGUCAUGAAGGAUAUGGUGUCCGUGCUGGAUGACACUUAUUUGAGAGCACUGGCAACCCACCCCGUCGGGAACCCCGUGCUCCAGGUGUUGGUGUACUUGGAGCUCUCACAUUUCGGCAAAUCGAGCGCCAAGGACUCGAAAUCGAUUACGAGAAGACUGAUCCCCGACGAAGAAUUCACGGAAGGAUCUGAGAGUACGAUCUUUGUCCGCGGACUGCUAUACGACCCUGUUGGAUCGCGACUCCUCGAAACCAUCGUCAAGUGUCUACCUGGCAAGCUUUUCAAGUCGCUCUACAAGAACCUGAUGCGCGAACAGAUGGGCUCCCUCGCGCGCAAUAUCACCGCUGGAUACGUUGUCCUGCGGGUGCUCGAGCGUCUGGGCAAGGAUGACCUCCAACAAGCCGUCGAAUUGAUCAUCCCCCAAAUUGCCGGUCUCAUCGAGCGGACGCGUCUUAUCGUGCCGAAGGCAUUGAUCGAGCGGUGUCUCGUACGUGGGGUGGAUACCGCUCCCAUUGCGCGUGCGUUGGAGUCGGCAUACGACAGCGACCCUGCUCGCCGACUGAAUCAGAUGCUGUGGCUGGAGGGCUUCUCCCAAGACAGCGUCGAGCAGCCAAGAUACGGCGAGGAGGGCGCCAGCGCCGGCAACAACCAGAAGGCGCUGGCGGCGGCCAGACUGCACAGCUCUCUGCUCGCGCAGACGAUGCUCACAGCCCCCGGCGCUCUGAGCGGGCUGGUGUACUCUGGCCUGCUGGCGCAGUCGACCGAGUCGCUCGUCAAGAUCGCCACGGAUCCCACCGCCUCGCAUGUUCUCCAGCAAGCCCUCACUCUACCCACCUCGACCACGCAGUUCCGCCGCCAGUUGGUCACGCGCUUCACUGGCCAGCUGAAGGACCUUGCGCUGGACAGCAGCGGCUCCCGCGUGGUGGAUGCUUUGUGGCAGGCCACGAAGGAUAUCUUCUUCAUCAAGGAGCGGAUGGCACAGGAGCUGGCGCUGCACGAGAUGGCGCUGCGCGACUCGUUCGUGGGACGCGCCGUAUGGAGGAACUGGUCCAUGGAUCUGUACAAGCGCCGACGCGGCGAGUGGGCGGCCAAGGCCAAGGGGUUGGACUCCGGCUUUGGCAAUGGCAGCGGCCCAGGCGAGCGCCCCAAGUCGCGCCUCGAACUGGCCCGCGCCAAGUGGGCCGCGAAGGCCGAGGAGAACGCGCAGAAGGCGUCUGCUGCCCAGUGA